AUGCCUCCAUCAGCACUGCCGAAUGUUGGCGGCGUUGACAUAGUCAACAUUCACCAAGAUGAUAUGGACUUUUCUCUCAUUGAUGAGCUUUACAAGAAUCUGAGUCCACCCGAGGGCAAACAGCCCUCGUUUCCUACUCUCCUGUUGUAUGACACCGAAGGCCUCAAGCUAUUCGAGAAGAUCACUUACGUGGACGAAUACUAUCUCACAAAUGCUGAGAUUGAGCUCUUGACAACACAUGCAAAGAGGAUGGUGGAGCGGAUUCCAGAAAAUGCACAACUGGUAGAGCUUGGUAGUGGGAACCUGAGAAAGGUCGAAAUCCUCCUGCGCGAAUGCGAGCGGACACAGAAGCGGGUAGAUUAUUACGCUCUGGACCUGUCCCUGACAGAGCUACAACGGACAUUCUCCGAAAUAUCCCCGGAAAGUUUUCAAUAUGUUGGAUUUCACGGGCUUCAUGGUACCUAUGAUGAUGCUCAAGAUUGGCUCAAGAACCCGGAGAAUCGCACUAGGCCAACCGUUGUGCUUUCGAUGGGAUCUUCUAUUGGAAACUUCAACCGCUCCGAAGCAGCAGGUUUUCUCGGUGGCUUCUCUAAGCUUCUUGGCUCAUCAGACUUUCUUUUGAUCGGAUUGGAUGCCUGUAAAGACCCAGAGAAGGUUUACAGUGCUUACAAUGACUCGCAAGGUGUCACCCGAGCGUUCUAUGAGAAUGGACUGCGGCAUGCGAAUACCGUACUGGGCUUCGAAGCUUUCCGGCCCGGCGAUUGGGAGGUGGUUACUGGUUAUGACGCCGAAAAUGGGUGUCAUCAAGCAUUUUAUUCCCCAAAAGUCGACGUCACGAUAAAAGACAUUACCAUCCGAAAAGGAGAGAAGCUUAAGUUUGAAGAAGCUUAUAAAUAUAGUCAAGACGAGCGGGAUGAACUGUGUCGCAGCGCAGGCUUAAUUCCGCAAAUGGAAUUUGGCAAUUCUGAGGACAACUAUCAACCCUCAGAUAUUCAUUUGCUCUCAUCUGCGGCUCUCGACAUACCGACUCAGCCUUCGGAGUACGCGAGUCAGCCUAUACCAACACUGAAAGAUUUCCAAUCUCUUUGGACUUCAUGGGAUCUUGUGACCAAGACCAUGAUUCCUCGGGGAGACCUUGUCUCAAAGCCGAUCAAACUACGAAAUGAGUUGAUCUUUUAUCUGGGCCAUAUUCCUACAUUUUUUGAUAUCCAUUUGACCCGAGCGACACUCCAGAAACCUACCGAACCAAAAUACUACCAGACAAUAUUUGAGCGAGGAGUUGACCCUGAUGUUGAGGACCCGGAACAGUGCCAUGACCACAGUGAAACACCCGCUGAGUGGCCUCCGUUGGACGAAAUACUGGACUACCAAGAGCGUGUACGGAGCAGAGCACGAAGCAUUCUCCAGGAUAUUAAAGCUUUGCAAGAUCGAUCUAUAGGCGAGGCGUUGUGGAUUGGCUUCGAGCACGAGGCAAUGCAUCUAGAGACAUUCCUUUACAUGCUGCUGCAGAGUGAGAAAAUCCAAAUGCCAGCUGGUAUUGAAACCCCCGACUUCACCCAAAUGGCCCAAGACGCAAAGAAGAAUGCCAAGCCGAAUAAGUGGUUCCGUAUUCCCAGACAAACUAUUACCAUUGGCCUGGAUGACUCGGACAAGGAUGUUGUGCCCAAAGAUUCCUACGGGUGGGACAACGAAAAGCCUCAGAUGAAAAUCAAUGUUCAUGCUUUCGAGGCACGAGCCCGACCCAUCACUAAUGGUGAAUAUGCGAAGUUUUUGCAAGCCAAUCGCUCCCGAGCAAUCCCUGCAUCUUGGUUACUUGUCGACCCGGAUCAGGCCUAUCCGAUUGCCAAGGGAAUCAGUCGAUCAAGCCCUGGCGCCACUGAGGAGUAUUUGAAUAAGUUUGCCGUUCGCACUGUGCUGGGGUCUGUUCCUUUGGAGCUCGCGCAUGACUGGCCUGUUAUUGCUUCUUAUGACGAGCUGGCGAACUACGCCAAGUGGGUGGAGUGCCGAAUUCCCACAUUUGAGGAGGUCAAGAGUAUCUAUCAAUUCUCCGAUCGACUCAAAGACGGUACCGCUGGCCAGAAGCUGGAUGGCCACAGGUACGUUAAAAAUACCGGUCAAAUGAUGAAACCAACUAACCUUUACCCCAGCAAUGGAGCUAAAACAGUGAAUGCCACACAUACGCCACCCGUAUUUCGUGAUCUCACAGGCUGCAAUGUGGCGUUCAAGCACUGGCACCCUACUGCUGUUACUCCAAAUGGUGACCGACUGGCUGGACAAGGUGAAUUAGGUGGAGUUUGGGAGUGGACUAGUUCGCCACUGUUGCCUCAGGAAGGCUUCGAAGCCAUGGAAAUAUAUCCAGGCUAUACCUCCGACUUCUUUGACGGAAAGCAUAACAUUGUCCUCGGUGGCUCAUGGGCCACACUACCUAGAAUUGCUGGUCGGUCUACAUUUGUCAACUGGUACCAACACAAUUAUGUCUAUGCCUGGGCUGGAGCACGUCUGGUGAGGGAUUCUCGAAAUGGGUUUAAACAGACGAUAUAGAAGUAGAAGUUCGAAUGGAAUGACUUAUUG